UACCUGACCUCAUCUCUCAUUUCUUUUGCCUCCCCUAGGAGAAAUGUGUAAGCAUCCAGGCGGGUGGGGAGGGAGGGACUCCCCAGCCUCCACAGGCACCGGUAGAGGUCUCUCUUCCUUCCUCGGUCUCUCUGUCUCUCCGUCCCUUCCUCCCUCCCUCUUAUUCUCUCUCCCCUCCUCUCUCUCCUCUCCUGUCCCCUCGUACCCUUUGCAAAGUGUUUCUGGUAGAGGGUGGUGGGAUGGAGGGGACACUUUUUCCUUUGGGGGACCAGAUUUUUCAUCUCUCUCUGGCUCCUGGUGGCUUAAAUUCUUCUGAUUUGGCGUUUUCAAGGCCCAGAGCUGUUGUGGAGCACAGGGAAACAAGCCUCCACCUUCCACCCCUUCUGACCAGCCGGGUCCAGUCCUGGGGAGGGUUGUCAGCUAUCCCCAGCCCCUGGGAGGGCGGGGGCGGGGGCGGGCCUCCUGGAGGGUGGAGCGGGCUCUGUCUCGGCACACUUGCAAAGCUGCAGUCAGGGUUUCUUCCGGGCUGAUGUGGGAGAGGACCAGGGAGGGGUGGUGGGGGUCACAGACUUGCUCUGGGGACUUCCACAGGCCCCAUAAUUUCUUGCAGGGAGCCCCAUGGUGGUAGGUGUGGCUAUGUAGGGAGUGGAGGGUGACCUGCUAGUAAUAGGGCAGGAGGCAGUGGACAAACAAUGAGAUGGCCCUUCGGGGUCCCUUUUGCCUUGAAAUUAAGGUGGUCUGUGGAGGAUCCCCUGCCAGGGAGGUGGGCGGGGCCCCUCUGAGCUGCUCCCCUCCCUUCUCCUUCCCUCCUUGCCCCUCUCAGAGGCCUGGGCACCGUCCCUCCCUUGCUCUCCUGAGUCAGCCCUGCACUGGCCGCUCUUCUUGCAGGCUUGGAACUACAGCACUGGAUCUCCUUUCUGGGUUGGGCUGGGGGAGGGAAGAGGUGUUGGGAGCUGGGUGCUGAGGUAGGGUUCUUGCUGCCCAAGACCCCUGGCAGACCCUUCUUCAUCUCUUCCCCUUCCUUGGGAUGACCUCUAACUGUAUUUUUCCUCCCCUGGUACCCUCUGACCAGCUCAGGCCCUCUUCAUGAACACACACACCCCUAGCAGGGGGUUUUAUGGGAUACCUGGAGAAGGGAAAAAAGGGCAGGUGCCAGAUAGUCUGGUCAGAGGGUACAGACAUAGCUGGUAGGAAUGCCAGGGCUUAGCGCCCAGGGUUAACUUAUGCUAAAGGGACUCAGCUACUGGCUGCCGUGGGCCUAGAAACCUAGAGCCAAGCUGCCCUAGUACUGUAAUGGGGGCUACAGAUCGCUCCCCUCUCCCAACCAAGUCAGCCUGCUGAUGAGCCAGGCUAGAAAUAGGCACUAGGCCUGGCUCCUACCCAAGGGUCCCUCACUACUGAAGCUGCCCACCAUGCUGGUUGGUGCCAAGUCAUCCCAGCCCUCCCUGUGUCCCUGGGGCUAGCUGCUUUGGUGAUGGGCCAAGCAGGAGCAGAGAAUUCACCAUAGACCCACAAGCACACACCCUGAAACCCUGGCCUGCCUGUGGGGGUCUGUGAUGGAGAAGGGAAGGGCAUCUGUCCCACGGUACUCAAGGAAGAAGAGGGGGUUGGCCACAGUAACCUGCUGGACCACUAGGGUAGGCUAGGAACAGGUUGUGCUGGGCUGUGAGGGGCGAGGGUGGGCAGGCCAGUGGUGCCAACGAGAUGCAGUCGAGGUUUUCCUCUUUUCAGGGAAUGGGGGGGUGGGGCGGGGCCCCCCACCUUUCUGACAUCAGCGCUGCCUUGGUCCCUCCUCCUGAGCCGGGGAUGGUCACAGUCUUCGUGUGCCCAGGGACUCUGCAGAAGGUACUGGAGCCCACCUCCACACAUGAGUCAGAGCACCAGUCUGGUGCCUGGUGCAAGGACCCGCUGCAGGCAGGUGACCGUAUCUACGUCAUGCCCUGGAUCCCCUACCGCACGGACACACUGACUGAAUAUGCCUCGUGGGAGGACUACGUGGCUGCACGCCACACCACCACGUACCGACUGCCCAACCGUGUGGAUGGCACUGGCUUUGUAGUCUACGACGGCGCAGUCUUCUACAACAAGGAGCGCACGCGCAACAUCGUCAAGUAUGACCUGCGGACUCGCAUCAAGAGCGGAGAAACAGUCAUCAACACAGCCAACUACCAUGACACCUCGCCUUACCGCUGGGGAGGCAAGACCGACAUUGACCUGGCGGUGGAUGAGAACGGGUUGUGGGUCAUCUAUGCCACUGAGGGCAACAACGGGCGCCUGGUGGUUAGCCAGCUCAACCCCUACACUCUGCGCUUUGAGGGCACCUGGGAAACGGGCUACGACAAGCGCUCCGCCUCCAAUGCCUUCAUGGUAUGCGGCGUCCUCUACGUGCUGCGCUCCGUGUAUGUGGAUGACGACAGUGAGGCGGCGGGCAACCGUGUGGACUAUGCCUUCAACACCAAUGCGAACCGCGAGGAGCCAGUCAGCCUCGCUUUCCCCAACCCCUACCAGUUUGUGUCCUCUGUCGACUACAACCCCCGGGACAACCAGCUGUAUGUGUGGAAUAACUACUUUGUGGUGCGCUACAGCCUGGAGUUCGGACCCCCAGAUCCCAGUGCUGGCCCAGCCACUUCUCCACCUCUCAGUACUACCACCACAGCUCGGCCCACACCCCUCACCAGCACAGCCUCGCCUGCAGCCACCACUCCACUCCGCCGGGCACCCCUCACCACACACCCAGUGGGUGCCAUUAACCAGCUGGGACCUGACCUGCCUCCAGCAACAGCCCCAGCACCCAGCACCCGGCGGCCCCCAGCUCCCAAUCUGCACGUGUCCCCUGAGCUCUUCUGUGAACCCCGAGAGGUCCGGCGGGUCCAGUGGCCAGCCACCCAACAGGGUAUGCUGGUGGAGAGGCCUUGCCCCAAGGGAACACGAGGAAUUGCCUCGUUCCAAUGUCUCCCUGCUCUGGGGCUCUGGAAUCCUCGGGGUCCUGACCUCAGUAACUGCACCUCCCCUUGGGUCAACCAAGUAGCCCAGAAGAUUAAGAGUGGAGAGAAUGCAGCCAACAUUGCUAGUGAGCUGGCCCGCCAUACGCGGGGCUCCAUCUACGCUGGGGACGUGUCCUCAUCAGUGAAGCUGAUGGAACAACUGCUAGACAUCCUGGACGCCCAGCUCCAAGCCCUCCGGCCCAUUGAGCGCGAGUCAGCCGGCAAGAACUAUAACAAGAUGCACAAGCGAGAGAGAACCUGCAAGGAUUAUAUCAAGGCCGUGGUGGAGACGGUGGACAACCUGCUCCGGCCAGAGGCACUUGAGUCCUGGAAGGACAUGAAUGCCACGGAACAGGUGCACACAGCCACCAUGCUCCUAGAUGUCCUGGAGGAAGGGGCCUUCCUGCUGGCUGACAAUGUCAGGGAACCCGCUCGCUUCUUAGCUGCCAAGCAGAAUGUGGUCCUGGAGGUGACUGUCCUGAACACAGAGGGUCAAGUGCAGGAGUUGGUGUUUCCCCAGGAAUAUCCCAGCGAGAACUCCAUCCAGCUGUCUGCCAACACCAUCAAGCAGAAUAGCCGCAACGGGGUGGUCAAGGUUGUCUUCAUCCUCUACAAUAACUUGGGCCUGUUCUUGUCCACGGAGAAUGCCACAGUGAAGCUGGCAGGCGAGACAGGGACCGGUGGCCCUGGCGGUGCCUCCCUGGUGGUGAACUCGCAGGUCAUUGCAGCAUCCAUUAAUAAGGAAUCAAGCCGCGUCUUCCUCAUGGACCCUGUCAUCUUUACUGUGGCUCACUUGGAGGCCAAGAACCACUUCAAUGCAAACUGCUCCUUCUGGAACUACUCAGAGCGCUCCAUGCUGGGCUACUGGUCAACCCAGGGCUGCCGCCUGGUGGAGUCCAAUAAGACCCAUACCACAUGUGCCUGCAGCCACCUCACCAACUUCGCAGUGCUCAUGGCUCACCGAGAGAUCUACCAGGGCCGGAUCGAUGAGCUGCUGCUGUCCGUCAUCACCUGGGUCGGCAUUGUCAUCUCCCUGGUCUGUCUUGCCAUCUGCAUCUCCACCUUCUGCUUCCUGCGAGGCCUGCAGACCGACCGCAACACCAUCCACAAGAACCUGUGCAUCAACCUCUUCCUUGCGGAGCUGCUCUUCCUGGUCGGGAUAGACAAGACUCAGUAUGAGGUUGCCUGCCCCAUCUUCGCGGGCCUGCUGCACUACUUUUUCCUGGCCGCCUUUUCCUGGCUGUGUCUGGAAGGUGUGCACCUCUACCUGCUGCUGGUGGAAGUGUUUGAGAGCGAAUACUCACGCACCAAGUACUAUUACCUGGGGGGCUACUGCUUCCCAGCCCUGGUGGUAGGCAUCGCAGCUGCCAUCGACUACCGAAGCUAUGGCACCGAGAAGGCCUGCUGGCUGAGAGUUGACAACUACUUCAUCUGGAGCUUCAUUGGGCCUGUUUCCUUUGUCAUUGUGGUGAACCUGGUGUUCCUCAUGGUGACCCUGCACAAGAUGAUCCGGAGCUCAUCAGUGCUCAAGCCUGACUCCAGCCGCCUUGAUAACAUCAAGUCCUGGGCGCUGGGUGCCAUUGCGCUGCUCUUCCUGCUGGGCCUCACCUGGGCUUUCGGCCUCCUCUUCAUCAACAAGGAGUCUGUGGUCAUGGCCUAUCUCUUCACUACCUUCAACGCCUUCCAGGGGGUCUUCAUCUUUGUCUUUCACUGCGCCUUACAGAAAAAGGUGCACAAGGAGUACAGCAAGUGCCUGCGUCACUCCUACUGCUGCAUCCGCUCCCCACCUGGGGGCACUCACGGCUCCCUCAAGACCUCAGCCAUGCGAAGUAACACCCGAUACUACACGGGGACCCAGAGCCGAAUCCGGAGGAUGUGGAACGACACCGUGAGGAAACAGACAGAGUCCUCCUUUAUGGCAGGUGACGUCAACAGCACCCCCACCCUGAACCGAGGUACCAUGGGGAAUCAUCUACUGACCAACCCCGUGCUACAACCCCGUGGGGGCACUAGCCCAUACAAUACGCUCAUUGCAGAGUCUGUGGGCUUCAAUCCUUCCUCGCCCCCAGUCUUCAACUCCCCAGGAAGCUACAGGGAACCCAAGCACCCCUUGGGAGGCCGGGAAGCCUGUGGCAUGGACACCCUGCCCCUUAACGGCAACUUCAACAACAGCUACUCUUUGAGAAGCGGGGAUUUCCCUCCAGGGGAUGGGGGUCCCGAGCCACCCAGAGGUCGGAACCUGGCCGAUGCUGCCGCCUUUGAGAAGAUGAUCAUCUCAGAGCUGGUGCACAACAACCUGCGGGGCGCCAGUGGGGGCGCCAAAGGGCCUCCACCGGAGCCUCCUGCGCCACCCGUGCCAGGGGUCAGUGAGGACGAGGCCGGCGGGCCUGGGGGUGCUGACCGGGCAGAGAUUGAACUUCUCUACAAGGCCCUGGAGGAGCCACUGCUGCUGCCCCGGGCCCAGUCGGUGCUGUACCAGAGUGAUCUGGAUGAGUCGGAGAGCUGCACGGCAGAGGAUGGGGCCACCAGUCGGCCCCUCUCCUCACCUCCCGGCCGGGACUCCCUCUAUGCCAGCGGGGCCAACCUGCGGGACUCGUCCUCCUACCCGGACAGCAGCCCCGAAGGGCCUAAUGAGGCCCUGCCCCCACCCCCACCUGCCCCCUCUGGGCCCCCAGAAAUCUACUACACCUCCCGCCCACCGGCCCUGGUGGCUCGGAAUCCCCUACAGGGCUACUACCAGGUGCGGCGGCCCAGCCAUGAGGGCUACCUGGCAGCCCCCAGUCUCGAGGGGCCAGGGCCCGAUGGGGACGGGCAGAUGCAGUUGGUCACCAGUCUCUGAGGGGCCUCAUGGACCAGAGGCCGGGGGCCUGGCCAGGGAGGGAACCCAGGAGGGGCUCUGGUGGGAGCAGAGACUGACGGAGGCAGUGGCUGGUGGGCCACUCUCUCCAGGUGCCCCUCAGCCCGUGGGCCCCACAGUCCCCUCGGGGGCUCCGACCUGGGCCCCAGGUGCCAGGGUUAGUAGACAGGGUUUCCACCAGCCACAGGCCCCAGCCUCUCUAGGGGAGUGCAAUGAGGAAAAGCACUUGGGCCCUGGGAGUAGGGGAGAAGCUGGUAGGUGUGACCAACUUCUGACUCUCCCUGCCUGUGGAGGAAGAGCAAGGGAUAAGGCUUCCCUAGGAUUUUAGGGGGUUGCCGCUUUUGAGGUGGCCAAAGCCUUGCAGGAUCCAGUUUAUCAGCUGCUCCUCCCCAUCUACUGGAGGGGAGCAGUGGGGCAGCGGGACAGAUGGACAGGAUCCUCCCUGCUACGGUUCCUUGUGCCCUGGAGACUGGGCCUUGCACCACAGGCAGGCCGAGGCCUGGGGAUGGGCAGUGGGGGCUGGUGGUUAUCAAGGAACUUUCUCUUAAGCUCCUUUCUCCCUUGCUAUCGGUCCUUGUCUCCCAAGCAAGCCUGCCCCUCAACCCUCAGAGUGCACCCAAUGACCCCCUCCCUUGGGGUGACUCCCGAUGAAGCACAACUCCCCGCAGGGCCCCUAACCCACUGGGGUGGCCAUAUCUGGGCAGUUCCCAGUCCUGUGGGCUGGGCUAUCUGGGGAGCAGAUUUGGGGUCUGGGGCUCCCUGAGGAGUGGGUCCUGGGUUUGGAUCUUUCCCUAGGGGGUUCUCUUACCCCUCUCUCUUCCUCCCCUAUUGCUGUAAAUAUUUCAACAAAACGGAAAAGGAAAAAAAAAAGACAAAAAAAAAAGUAAGAAAAGAAAAUCUCAUCACUUGAAGCCACCGGGCACCUGCAGCCCAGGCCAGCCCGGACUUUCUCCGGAACAGCAGCGGCCAGCCCUGGCAACCAGGACUUCCUGUAUUGUACAUCCCAGCCAGGGCGGGCAGCCGCCAGAGCCGCUUUUACACUCCAGAGAGCAACAGCGAAACAAAGAACCUGUCCUUCCCGGCACCGGUCCCGUCACCUCUGCUCUGUCGGUCCUGCAUCAGUCCGCCCUCCUGGGGCGUGUACCUCACUGCCUGCCCCGCUGGCCAGGAGACACCCUCACACCCAAAGAUGCUUUUGCCGAGAUGGCUGCACUACCCCUUUGAGUUCCUGCUUCUCGUAUAUCACUUCAGGACUCACGGCAGGCAGGAGGAGGCGUCCCAUCCCGAGAAGGGCAAGGGAAAGGAGUGGAGGGCGGGGAAUGGUCCCUGUGGCUGAGGGCAGGAUGGCAGUGGUGAGGUCUUUCUGAGGGAGAGGGGGAACAAAGGUGAGAGGUCCCUUUCCCUUACCCCUCACCCCAAGCCCUCUGCCAGGCUUAAGGUGUCUGCCUAGCACCUCUGGCCCUUCAGCCUGGCCUGCCCUCCCCCAGUUUUUGGGGGGAUAGCAUUAACUCUGCUGCCAUCUUCCGGAGAUGGAAUCACCUCUGCUGACUUCACCCUGUUUUUUCCCUGCCUCCUUCCUCACAAGUGCCAUGAGUUUUCAAGCAUCCUCGGGUCUCAGCUUGCUGCUGCCAUGAACUUCUUUGGGUUUUGAGGGAGGGGCUCUAGGAAGGUGCUGAGCAGGAGAUGAAUCCGUGGCGAGGAGGACCCUUUUUGCUGCUAGAAAGCCCUCUCCCUUUUGGGGAGCUGGGACUGGCUUGUCCCCAUCAAUGUGGGGGGAAAGGGGCCAGACCAAAGAUAAUGGUUUGCCCCAUGAAGGGGAACAGAUGUGAAAAGGCAGGGUUUAUUCCAUCUCUGGUUUUUUCUGGUAGUGUGUUUUAGCCUAUCUUGCCGGAAGACCAAGGGUGAAGUCUAGAUAGGAGAGAGGAUGGGUAGUCUUGCCAAGGCAGGCACAGAGUAGGAAAUGGCUUGUGGCCCUUGCCUAACUGCUGGACCUGUGCGGUUCUGUGGAGUGACUGGCCCAGGAAGCAGAGGACUUAACUCAGCCCAGGCCUGAGGCCCAUCAGACAUCAAUAAACCUGGGAGAAAGGGCGGGCGAAGAGGUCCUCUGGGAUUGGAGGCACAGGAGUCCUGCUCCCUCAUUCCCUGCACGGCCCUUUUCCAGAUGUGGGCGAUGGACGGCAGAGGAUGUGGUGCAGCAGGGCCUUUGGUUCCUACUCUAGCUGGCAUCACUAGCACAGAGUAAACCCCAGGCCUCAGCUACAUGGCUGGUCCCCAAGUGGGGCUGGUUCCACUGCAAUCCAGCGCAAAGCCACCCAGAGAGCCCAGGUGUCCCCUACCCUAACCAGACCUGGUGCCUUGACGCCCCCACCCCAGCGGGGACGGUACAAAGAAGGGUCUUGGUCUCCUCCUACUCCCUUCCUUGGGCUCCUGAAUUCAUUUGCUCCUAAAUCUUGCUCAUUCUUUUUCCUCUGCAUUUUUUUCCCUUUUGGGUUUUUCUAACUAUCCACCUUCUUUUUUUGUGUCCCUUUUGCUGUCUCUGUGUUUCUCCCCCCCCCCCUUCUCAAUUUCUCUGUCCAUUUGGGCCUCCCUGCUCCCAUAACCUAUCCCCUUCUUUCCUCGGUCUCCUUUUCGAUAUGCCAAACCAAUUUUGGGUCGAGUGCAUUUAACGAGAACAAAACAAAAGGCUCAU